AUGGACUACUACGCCGUGCUUGGCUUAACUGAAAAAGCUACAGAGAAGGAGGUGCGUCAGAAGUUCCGCGAGCUUUCCCGCAAGUACCACCCUGAUGUGACAAGGAGUGAAGAGGCCAAAGUGAUGUACAGCAAGAUUAAUCGCGCGAAUGAGGUUCUCUCCGACAAAAAGAAGCGCCGCAUGUAUGAUAUGCGGGGCGAGGAGGGUCUGCGGCAGCUUGAGCGGGCGUUGGCGCAGAACGACCAAGGGCAUUCCCUGGAUCCUUUUGCCCGGAUGUUUGGCAUGGGUGGCGGUGGUAACCUGCGCGGGUCUAAUUCGGAGGGCAAACUCUACGUCGAUCUCGAGGAUGUGUAUAGGGGAGGUCAGAAGGCGUUUGUGUUUAGCAAGCAGAAGGUGUGCACCAAGUGUAAGGGUAAUGGUGCCGCCAAGAGCAGUGGAGUGACGGUGUGUUCCCACUGCCGCGGUCACGGUAUUGUGAUUCAGCGUCUGCAGCUUGCCCCAGGCAUGUACCAAGAAGUGCAACAGGCGUGUCCACAUUGUCAGGGGCAGGGGCGUGUUGCAAAGCACAAGUGCCCCGCGUGCAAUGGCAAUAAGGUCGUCCGCGGCGAUGUCACGCUGACGAUGGAUAUUGAGCAGGGCAUACCUGAGGGGCACAAAGUGCGGUUUGAGAUGGAGGCCGAUGAAUCACCAGACCUUGUUCCCGGAGACCUCAUCAUGACAGUGCUCACAAAGCCUCACCCGCGUUACUCGCGCCGCUCAAAUGGCCUCGAUCUUGACGCCUCGCUCACUGUGACGCUAAAGGAGGCACUCUUGGGAUUUGAUCGACGCAUGAAGCACCUUGACGGGACGGAGGUGCUUGUGCACGCCACUGGUGUGACGCCGUACGGUAAGGUGCUGAAGAUCCAUGGGAAGGGCAUACCACGGCACCACCUCCCCUCGGAGAAGGGGGAUCUAUACGUGAAGGUGAUGUUUGAGCUUCCAAAGUUCUUGACGGAGGCUCAGAAGAGGGAGAUUGAGGAGCACCUAUGA